GGUGCGCGGGAGCUAUUUCAACAUACGUCAUGAUACAGGAAGUAAACAAACCAGACCAAAGUGUUACGCUCACGAGACCUCUUGAGUGCCAUGACAGCUCGGGCAGGUGUGAUGUUGCUCUGGCCUGCAUGAUCUCCCCAUCUCAUCCUGAGGGUGUCAAGCAAGACAGUGCCAUGACUGAGGUGUUGGGACAGAGGAGCCUGUUGGGCUUUGGUGUGCUGUUGGCAUGGCUGGUACUGUUCCACCUGCUGGUCAACAUCUGGCUGCUGUGCGUGUUCACCAGCCUGCUGGUGGUGCUCGGCGGCUGGCUCGGCUCGCAGGCCGUCCUGGAGUCCAACAGUGUGGUUCACCUGGAGAGGUUUAUCACCCUGGAGCAGGUUCCACCGUCUGUGGAGGAUGAGCAGCACUUGGACCAGGAGAUCCACAACACAGUGAGAAAAAUCAUCAGGGACUUUGUCACCUCCUGGUACGCCACUGUGUCCUCUGAGAGUUGUUUUGAAACGGAGGUUCAAGAGGCAAUGAUCUCUAUGGCCAUGGAGCUGAAAAUACGCGCAAGACAGGUCGACAGGAAGGAGCUGACCCAGAGGAUCCUAGAUCUGUUUGGCUGCCACCUGCAGGAUUAUAUCAGGGCCAAGGAGCUGGUGAGCGAGCAGCCUCCGACAGCAAAGUGGAGCGGCGAUAGCGAGCAACUGUGGAAAGCGUAUUCCAGCAUCACCGCGCCUCACCUCGCCAUGACCAGUGAGGCAGUGGAGGUAAACUAUACCAGAGCGGUCGUAGAUUUGCUGCUGCACGUUUUGGUGCAGUCGCCGCACUUGGAGACCCGCACCGGACGGUUCGUGGUCGGAGAGCUCAUCACCUGCAACGUUCUGCUCCCACUCAUUGCGAAAUUGUCUGACCCUGACUGGUUGAACAGUCUGAUGAUCGAAAUAUUCGGCAAGUCUAGCAAACCACAGGAGCCAGUUACAACAGCCCCGCCGACUUCACCACCACCGCUACCGCCGCCGCUGCCCGCUCAAUCAGAGCUCGCUCCACUACAAGAGACAACGCAUGUUUUGCCAAAGAAUAAUAAAGUUCCUCCAGUAGGAGCUGAGACUGAAAUGGUAAAUGACACAGAGACGGCCACACCCGAACUCUCUGUCUAUGAUGUUGUUGACUCCGAGGAGGUGGACUGUCAACAGAACAACGCUGAAGAAGAAGAACCUACUGUACCCUUUUUAAGGCACUACAUGAGAGGAAGCAAGUCAAACCCAUUUUACCAGGAAAAUGACUCUGACCUGGAUUCUCCUUUAGACUAUAAACGAAGUUCCAUUGAUUCCCUGGUCAUGAUAGGCCAUGAGGAGGGCCUGUAUGACAGACAGAAAGAAUCUAUUGAGAGCAAUAAUGGCGUGGAGCUGGAGGAUGUUUUCCCAAGCCCAGUGAAUGGCUCUUGCCCUAAGGUCCUGGUAAAUUCACAACCAGUAGAGUACCCCAAUGGCUGCGUAACCUCACCAGUUCAGGCAGCCGAGGGGGCUCCCACUAUCAGAAGCCUUCAGGACCUGGAGAAGGAGGGCAGUUCCCCUUCAGUAAACCCAGCCAGGGAGCUCCUUCUGGGUGUGGAACAGAGUGGGCUGGGGACCCCCAGUGAGCUGACUGAAGUCAGUCCGUUGCAAGGCAAUUCCCCUAUGCCGUCGUUCAGUUUUGAGCCCCUCAGCAGCCCCGAUGGACCAGUCAUCAUCCAGAACCUCCGCAUCACCGGCACCAUCACAGCUAAGGAACACCGCGGCACCGGCUCACACCCCUACACUCUUUACACUAUCAAAUAUGAGACAGCGAUGGGCUGUGAGAACCCCGGAAGCCUCCAGUCGGGCUCCGAGGAUGCUGAAGUUGUUCCGUCAGGUUGUGAGAAUCCGUCAUCCAUUCAGCCAGUAGCGUAUCACAUGGUCAACAGGCGAUACAGCGAGUUCCUCAAUCUGCAGACACGGCUGGAAGAAAAAACAGAACUACGGAAACUCAUCAAAGGUGUGAAAGGUCCCAAAAAAAUAUUUCCAGACAUGCCGUUUGGAAACAUGGACAGUGACAAGAUAGAGGCCAGGAAAGGACUUCUGGAGACCUUUCUAAAGCAACUCUGUGCCAUCUCUGAAAUAGCCAACAGUGAGGAGAUGCAGGAGUUUCUGGCUCUCAAUACAGACGCCAGGAUCGCCUUUGUCAAGAAACCUUUUAUCGUGUCACGCAUAGACAAGAUCGUGGUGAAUGCCAUUGUGGACACCCUGAAGACAGCGUUUCCUCGUUCAGAACCUCAGAGCCCAACAGAGGAUAACGAGGCAGAGGUGGACGGAGGGAAAAUAACUACCGACAAGAAGAGCAAGUCUCGCCUUAAGUUCUCCAGUAAAAACAUCCCCUUUAUGAACGGCUCAGACAUUAGACCGCCAGUUUUGUUCAGUUUGGACCAAACCAGCACAGCGUUUAAUGGGAUGUCCUUUACCGAUUUGCAAGCCUUUAUUACUGAACAAGAAAAACUUUCCAUCGGAGCCGAGACGGAGAGGGAGGACAGUCCUGUAGGCUGUUUGGUGGGCAGCUUGAGAGAAAAGCACAGUCAGGAGCCUGCAUCUGAGAUGGCGCUGGCUGAGGUGGCUCUGAACAUCCUGUGUCUGCUGAUGGAGAAGCAGUGGAGCUGGCUGUGCACUGAAAACAUUCAGAAGACCAUCAGGCUGCUGUUUGGGACCCUUAUUAACAGAUGGCUGGAUGUGAGCGUAGCCAACCUGACUUGCACCAGGUACUGGGUGGUGUACCUGCAGGUCAUCCAGGAGGCUGUGUGGCCUGGAGGCACCCUGCCGACGGCUCCUCAACUUGAACGUAGCCAGCAGCAGAAGGACAGCACCAGACAGCAAGCCUUACACUGUCUGAUGAGACUCCUACCAGAUCUGGUCUCAGACAUGUUGGGCUCAGACAAGUAUAAACUCAGCUGGCAGACUGCGCUGGACUCCCUUCAAGACCCCUACAUUAACAGACACCUGGUCUACUGCAUAUUCGAUCUUCUGCUGGAGUUCCUGGUUCCUGAAAUACCUGAGGAGAACUUCCAGAGGAGCCUGUUGCAGACCCUCUCCAAGAACCCAGAGAAGCUGCUGGCAUGAGAGGAAACCCCAAUGGAACACCUGCAAACCCAGCUGUAUUUUCCCAUCAUGCUAUCUGAUCAUUUACCAUUGAUGAUUUUCUGAAAGGCAGCAUGACGGCAAGGCUGCUCCUGUUCUACUAAUGUUCUGCGAGUGUAAGUGAAUGUUUCUGGUGAGACUGAAUAUUCUCUGUCCCCACUUUAAACUCCUGAAGCCCCUCAGGUCUGUCUUUAGUUUCGUGUUGAUGUGUUGACACAUGAGGCUCUUGAACAUGGUGUGCUGUGUACACACACACUUUAACACAACCUACAUUUGAAGCAGCUUUGAUUACAUGAGAGCACAUGGUUUGUGUUUAAUCUCGAAACGUGUCUGACGUGUUGUUCAGAUCGAAACAUGUGGCAAAGCCUCCUCCGAUCUCCACGUCCAGCCUCUUCCUGCUCACUUAACUCUCCGGCUUUGACUAAACUCACAUCAGAUGGUCUUCACACUCUACCCUCAUCGCCGCUUGUGUAGAAAAACCCACACCUGUUGCCCUAAUCUGGAGGAGCAGGAUUUGCUUUUUUCCCCCUCAACUUAAAUCUCAAAAUGCUCUAUUGGGAUUUAGCAUCAGUGUUUUUAUCCUCCACUGACCCAUUCCUCAACAUCCCACUGGCUCUGUAUAAAGCCCCACAUGUGAUUCUGACAUAAUGUGAGCUAUACUUCCUAAAUCUGAGCCUUCCUGAGGGAUCACAUGUCUCUGGUAGUGAUUCUUUUUAACCUGCAUGUGUCCAGGUGUAGGAAAAGCGUACUGCAGUGUAGUGUGGUGAAGAGUUGGCCACAAGAUAUUUUACUGGCUUCACAGAUGCGUCACAGUUAUUUUAACAGGUCCCUUGGAGAAUGAUCUGUGCAGUUAAUGUCUAAAUCUUAUAAGAACUGGGCUCCACAAAAGCAGGUAUAUGAAGGGUAGGAAUGGUGUUGGCCCAGGCCCAUUCAAUAACUCGAGUAAAACUGUAAACUGCUGGAGUCUCUACAUACUUAAUCUGCUUACUUAUCACUUUUCUUCGUGAGUUGGAUAAUUAAGCAGCAGAUUUAAAGGGUUGGUACAUUAUCUAUAAGCACAAUUUCUCAUGUACUUUUAGUGGUAUCUCUCCAUGCUUUUCAGUUCAACCACCUUUGGUGAAGAAAUAGUCCCUAUGACAACUGUGUGUUCUGUGGAUCUUACUAACACUUUCCACAGCAGACAUUUUGACUUGUCAUAGUAAAAAAAAAAGCACAGGAGUUACAAAUAACUAGAGCCUGACUGAUAUAUAUUGGAUAUUAGUCUAUCAUGGAUAUAUCGGUGUUGUAUCCGUAUGGGCGUAUAUGUUAGCUUUAAUGCUAACUUUAACCUUAACUCGAUGCAGACUCUGUUGGCUAAAACUGAUGAGUGCAUCCACUAACAUCAGUCUGAUUGUCACAAAUUGAGUAAUUCACCUUUCUUUUUUACUUGUAAUUGAAAAAGUGUUGUUCUAAUUAAUGAAUUAGCCUAAAAACUUCUCAUCAAGUCUGUGAUACAGUGUUAAGCCAGUAUAUAUUCAAUCCCAGACCUCCACUGUUCACUCAUUCUCUUGUCACUUUAGAAACCAUCUGAAGAGAGUUUGAGUGGUGUCCCCACACAGUGUACAUUCACUUUAAAUAUAUUGUUGCACUUUGUAAAUUUGCCUUAGCAUCUUCAGCCUUCACGGUGGUAACACAACAAUUCAUUCCCAGCUGGAUAUGACAAACAGAAAAGGUAUUGUAGUUUACUGAAAAUAUCCCAGUGUGUAUCCAAAGUGUGUUACAGCACAGCUCAUUAUUGCUAUGUCCACUGCAGCCAUGUCUAACCCCAAUGUCUUAACACAGACUGUCUUAAAAUAUUGUUUAGUUCAUCAGAAUGAUGAUGUACUCUAGAGUAAAUCAAUCUUUUCCAGAAACUUUCUACUAUCCAAAAUGUCCUGACUUAAAUUUGGAGAGGUUAUGUGAACUGUAAUGCUGCAUAUUUUGUAUGUAGUUAGCUCCAAUUGGGUUAUAUUAAGAGUAAAAUAAGCAGCAUUUUUUCAUUUAAAAUGCAUCAGAUAUCAAAUACAUAUCCUGGGACUGAAUCUGUAGAUGCCAAGUUUGAGAAUUGUUACAUUCCAUCUUGUAAGUUGAAAAAAUGAAGUCUUAAUCUUAAUGUUCCAUCAUUCCAGUGUUUUGCACUCUUAUAAUGGUUUGGUGGUCUCAUCCUUUCCUUUUCAUCGUGUUAACUUGUGAUUCAGCCUAUUUAUUAACCUAUUUAUUUGCUUGAUUUACUAGAUUAUGACUUUUUCUGAAUUCCGUCCAUUAAAGAAUGAGCGAGGUGCCAGUGCUGACAGAGAGGAGCGUCCUCUUUAAUGAAGUGCUUUUAAGUGGAUUUUGCCUUACUUGAUGAAGUUUGGUCUGCCUGUCCUGCAGCAGUGCGGCUGCAGUGUAGCCACCAACCAUGUCUUAGUAGAACAUAAGCACCCAAUUCCAGUUCUCUGUAGUGAAACUGUUAACACAUGUUAUGUUUAUUGUGGCAAAUUGAGCUGAAUGUUCAGGCUUUUCAGUUAUUUGUUGUGAAGAGAUUGUGAAAUUUCCUUAUCUGAUGCUGCAUAUUGCUGCCACCAUGAUAUUAAAUAUUUACUCCGUAUUUCAUUAUAACAAGAACAUUUUCUUGGUUUACCAAGAUCUUUUUCAUGUUAUACUGAUCAUUACUUUAUCAUGUUGUCACAAAAGGUACUCAUUAUUACACAAAACCAGUGUAUUGUUAAAAGAAUAAAUGUUUCUUGUUAUAACAUACGUUGGUAAAUUGUAACGAAAAACAGAUCCAGUCAGUGCCUGAAAAAAAAAAAAUACAAUAUAUAUGUGGUGCUCAGCAUCAGAUACUUUAUAAAAGAUGCACUUUUUAUAAAUAUAACUUUUUGUCAUAUUUGCUGAAACUUACACUAUAUCCUGACAGUAGCACAUGAGACAGAUAAUCUGUAAAAAAAAAUCAGGUUCCUCUGCCUCCUCCUAGUGCUCCUAAUGGUAUUUUCAAGAAUCCACCAAGCCUGAACGAAAACAACCAAUCAGAGCCAAGAAAGAUAGUUGAUUGUUGAGUCUCAUUCCAAGGGCGUCAAAUACAGACGCUCUGGGACCUGGAAAUGAGACUCAACAAUCAACGCUUCCGACCCAAAGUGUCUUUAUAUCGCUCUUGGCUCUGAUUGGUUGUUUCCGUCCAGGCCCGGGGGAUUCUUGGAAAUGCUAUUAGGAGUACUAGAACGAGAACUGAUAAUGGUACUGGUUUCAAUAAAAUCUUCAGUUUCCAUCCCUACUGAAAAAAAUGAAGAAUGUCUCUUUGUUUGUUUAUGUAGGCCAUGUAGAGGCAUGAGUAAUAAAUGGAGACUGUUUCAUAAACAGUUAAAAAUUCCCAUUUAAAUUACCAUCCUUAUCUAGACUAGGAGUGGAACACAAUUUGAAUGAAAACAGUUCAGUUAUGUUGUGUGACUGAUGAACACUGCAUUACAUCUCUUUAGGCACUGACUUACUUUAAAAUAACAAUAGACCAACUUAUCAUGUUACAAUGAGAAACAUUUCUCAUUUUAAUGAGUCACAUUGAUUUUGUGUAUUAAUGAAAGGCUUUGAUUUGACGAGGUGAAUGAGCUGAUGUUAUGGCCAGAAAAUGUUUUUUGUAAAUAAAUUUGGUAUGUAGUAUUGUCAUAAUAAUAUGAAAAAUAUCUUAUUAUAUCAUUAAAAGGAUCUCAUUAAAGCAAGGUAUUUCUCUCAUAAUAUAAAACAAUUAAUAAAAAACAUUUUUGUAAUGAUGGCAGCAAUAUGCUUCCAUACUGAUCUGCUUUAAAUGGUGGUAGAUGUUAUGUGUUAUAAUAUUAUGGAAAAAAUGCACUGUGAUGUUUGUCUUUGGAGAUUAAUGUUAAUUAGAAGAGUUUUUACAGUUAGUGACAACAUAGACACUAAAGCUCGAUCUGUUUUAGAGAAAUAUAUGACAUUGUACAGCUCCUCUGUUGGCUAUAAUCCUGUUCUCUAUCACCUUUGCACUCUUCUUCACCUUCUUGUCUUCUUUUCUAUCCGACGGUGUGUCUGGUGUUUCUCUGCACUGUCACUGGAGAACACGUGCAGUUGUGCUUUGCAUGUUGACGCUGUGAAUCUGUCUCCGUUUGCUAGCACAGUCUUUAAAACAUUUUCCUGAUGUUCCUGAGCAUAUUUGCAAAAACAAUAAAGUUACCAAACAUGAGUUAUUAAAUCUCCAA